AAAGGUUCUGGACUGAGCCCUGAAGCUCAGUAGGGAUACUUAUGCUGAUAGCACUGAGGAGUGGUUCCUAACCAGUGAGACAUUUUAUUAGAUGAAGCCAAACUCUGAAUAGUAUGUUGGGGGAGAGCCCCUGAGAAUGAGAACAUUAAAAAAAUGGGUGGGAAGGAGAAUGUUUGAAAAUGAGGAGAAAGGAAGACUGAAAGACUUGAAAUCAUGAUACAUUGAUCUGGAAACAAGAAAUUUGUCUCUGAGUGAGGGCUAGCAAGCAAGAGAGCAGAAAUAGAUGGACAUGUGUGCUCCACAGUGGAGUGCAGGCCUGAAAUGCACACAAAGUCCAAGGAAUUGACUUCAUUGACAUUUGAUGAAGCUGCAAAUGCCAAAGAAGUGGGAAGAGUUUCCAUAACGUAAAAUAACUUUCAAAUAGAAUCCCAUGAUUCUGUUGUUAUUUAUAAUUGCAAAGCCUACAGGAUAAGCAGGUGCCACGUCUGAGAGGAUUGCUCAGCUCCUUUUCCAGAUCCAGAAAUUGCAACUGAUUGCAACAUGUGUGUCUACGACAUGAACUUUAGUCAGGAGCUGCAAUCAGGUUAGGCACUCACACACUCUAACACUCUAUUAAGGUGCUUCCUUAAAACCUGUGUCACUUCAGCCCUGUAAUUACUCUCAAUCUCACCACAUGAAAAUGGCUAUCAGAAAGAAGUGCUUGAUUCUGGAAUUAACUGUAUUUUUGUGUGUUGAAUUAUAUGCUCAAUAUGAAGACCAGAAUAUGACUUGCAGGUUGAUGCGCAAAUUUAAUUUGACUGGAUAUGUAGAAGCUGAAAAUCAUCAUUUUGUUAUUGGAGGACAGUUUCCUGUUCACUAUAGGACCAUCCCAACAAGUGACUCUGAUGAGGAACCAGAAUCUCCCAUGUGUGAGGGGUUUAAUUUCCGGGGUUUCCGCUGGAUGAAAACCAUGAUCCACACCAUCAAGGAGAUUAAUGAGAGGAAGGAUAUUUUGCCCGAACACACUCUGGGCUACCAGAUAUUUGACAACUGUUUCUCCACCACCAAAGCAAUGGAGUCAUCUAUGGUGUUUCUAACAGGGCAGGAUGAAUACAAACCGAAAUGGAGAAACAGCACUGGAAAAUAUCUAAUUGGAAUUAUUGGAGCAGGAGGAUCAACUAUGUCACUUGCUGGAGCAAGAAUUCUACUGUUGAAUGAUGUAGUUCAGGUGGGAUAUGCUUCCUCCUCCUCUAUUCUUACUGAAUAUUUAAAUGUUUAUCGCACAAUACCCAGUGAUAAGUUUCAGACUGAGGCAAUUGUGAAUCUGAUUAGACACUUUGGUUGGGUCUGGAUAGGAGCUAUAGCAUCUGAUGAUGAUUAUGGAAAACAUGGAGUAAAAUCAUUUAGGAAAAUAUUGGAGACUAACAACCUGUGCAUUGCUUUCUCUGAAACCAUUCCAAAAGUCUACUCCAAUGAGAAAAUGCAAAUAGCUAUUGAUGCAGUAAAGAGUUCAACUGCCAAAGUCAUUGUGCUUUAUGCAACUGACUUUGACCUCAGCCCCUUUGUGCUGGAAGUGAUUCAUCAUAACAUAGCUCACAGGACAUGGAUAGCCACCGAAGCCUGGAUUACCUCAGCUCUCAUUGCAAAGCCUGAGUAUUUCCCCUAUUUUGGUGGAACUAUUGGGUUUGCAAUCCCAAGAAGUGUUAUACCAGGAUUAAAAGAAUUCCUUUAUGAUGUACACCCUAGCAAGGAUCCAAAUGAUGUCUUGACCAUUGAAUUCUGGCAAACUGCUUUUAAUUGUACCUGGCCAAACAGCAGUGUUCCUUAUAACGUGGAUCACAGAGUGAAUAUGACUGGUAAAGAAGACAGGUUGUAUGAUAUGUCAGAUCAUCUCUGCACUGGAAAGGAGAAGCUGAAAGAUCUGAAAAAUACCUAUCUGGAUACAUCACAGCUAAGAAUCACAAACAAUGUCAGACAAGCUGUGUAUCUUAUGGCUUAUGGCUUGGACCGUUUAAUCAGAGUUUUAAUAAAAGAAUAUAGGGAAUAUUUACUACAUCCAAAGAUACUAGCUUUCAUGUCCUAUAAGCUAUUUGAAUAUAUCAGGAAAGUAAAAUUUACUACUCAUGAUGGAAGAAAAAUAGAGCUUAAUGUUCAUGGAGACAUAGAAAAUGGAUAUUACGAUAUCCUAAAUUGGCAGAUGGAUAACACUGGAGAUAUUGCCAUUGUCAAGGUUGGAGAAUACAAAUUCACAAGAUCAAAAUAUGAACUUGUUCUUCCAAAAAACUCAACAUUAUUUUGGAACACUGAAUCUUCAAGGCUUCCAGAUUCAGUCUGCACAAAAGUGUGUCCUCCAGGGACCCGGAAGGGAUUUAUCACAGGACAACCCGUGUGCUGCUUUGAUUGCAUCCCAUGUGAGGAUGGAUAUGUGUCAGAGAAACCAGGUCAAAGGCUAUGUAAUCCAUGCAGUGAAGAUGACUGGUCCAAUGCAGAGAAGAACAAAUGUGUGCCAAAGCAUGUGGAAUUCCUUGCUUAUGAGGAGGCCCUGGGAUUCACUCUUGUCAUUCUUUCCAUAUUUGGGGCACUUGUGGUCUUGGCAGUUACUGUUGUGUACGUAAUCCACAGACACACUCCAUUGGUGAAAGCCAAUGACCGGGAGCUGAGCUUCCUCAUUCAGAUAUCUCUGGUUAUCACAGUGCUGUCAACCAUGCUAUUUAUAGGCAAGCCAUGCAACUGGUCCUGCAUGGCCCGCCAGGUCACUCUAGCACUGGGCUUUUGCCUUUGUCUGUCUUCCAUUCUUGGAAAGACUAUUUCACUCUUUUUUGCAUACAGAAUUUCUAUAUCUAAAACCCAGCUUAUAUCCAUGCACCCCAGUUUUCGUAAACUCAUUGUGCUGUUAUGUGUUUUUGGUGAGAUUGGUGUAUGUGCAUCUUACUUGGUGUUGAAGCCACCCAGCAUGUUCAAGAACAUUGAACGUCAGAAUGUAAAGAUCAUCUUUGAAUGCAAUGAAGGUUCUGUAGAGUUUCUAUGCUCCAUAUUUGGGUUUGAUGUUCUCCUGGCUCUGCUGUGUUUUGUUACAACCUUUAUGGCUCGUCAGCUGCCAGAUAACUAUUAUGAAGGGAAAUGUAUCACUUUUGGAAUGCUCUUCUUUUUCAUUGUCUGGAUCUCUUUUGUCCCUGCUUACUUGAGCACCAAAGGCAAAUUCAAAGUGGCUGUGGAAAUAUUUGCCAUUUUGGCAUCUAGCUAUGGCUUGUUAGGCUGUCUAUUUCUUCCCAAGUGCUUCAUUAUCUUGCUGAGGCCAAAGAGGAACACUGAUGAAACUGUUGGUGGAAGAGUCCCCACUGUUGACAGGAGCAUCCAGCUGACCUCAGCUUCUGUGAGCAGUGAGCUUAACAGCACCAUGGUGUCCACUGUCCUGGAUGAGUAGAGUUGUGAGCUCCAUGGAAUAUGCAAAUCUGGAUAAAGUUAUAGCUCAGUCUUCUCCUUAACGUUGUUUUUCAAGUAGCUGCUGAUGCUUGUUGCUAAUAUUGGGGAUUUGACCUUUUGUAAUAUAAUCUUGACAUAAUAAAUAAAAUUUUAUUCUA